AUAAGUGAACAUGUAGACAAGACAUUCAAAAAUGUAACGUAUGAUAUAAAGGCACACAAUGGGCACACAGCCACCAUCUCAGGCCCUGAAUGAACAGGUUCCCAUUUGUGUGUCAAAGCAAUAGUGAUUUGACAAAAUAAAAGCUUUGUCUUUUCUAAUGUUUAUAUUGUGAAUCAAGUUCAACAUGUAACAGAUCUUUGUUGUUGUGUUUAUUGUAAUUAAUGUGUAAUUAACUGAAUACAACCUUUUAAAGUAUUAUUUUUAAACAACUUUUAUUACACUUGUUACCAACACUUUAUCUCCUGCAAAAUGUCUAAUGCGUUCUUGCAUGCUGAAUCUAAAUGUUUUGCGAAUUUCUCGUUUUUCUUUCUUUUUUUCAGUAUAACCAUUUAUCAUUAUAUAUAUUAUGGAAAAGUCUUAUCAAACAAGUCUCUACAUUGGCAGAUUACUGAUGGACAUUAAAGAUGGAUGUUCCUGAGGACAAAUAUAACCGAAAAUCAUACACAUUUACAAGGAGAUUUGUACAUUUUAAUUUUAUGUGAUAUUUAUGAAUAAGUAAUGUAUAAGUAAUGUCCUCGAUCACUUAAAGAAACAUUCCUGAAAGUGCAAUAGCAUGUUAUCGAAUGUAAACAAGGAAUUUUUUUCUCAUCGUGAAUCUCUCCAAGUAAAAUGAUUUCCACGGACUUCACCGGCUUAAGCAACGAGAGGGUUGUAUCAUGCAAGGAGUGACUUUGGUGUGGGCGUCGGCAAACAGCGCGGCGUAGGCUGCGCCUCACUAUAUAAGACUCCCAGAGCUCAGCUCGAGAGGCACGAGUCACGGACUUAGCGCGAUCCUGGCAAUACUCUAUACCCGCGCAAGUACCAGAGCCACGCUGACCAUGCACACGCAAUCCAGCACGCUGAGUCUGUCGUUACCGACAAGCGGCUUCGGUGCGUUUGGCUACAGACCGAUGCCGCGGAGGAGAACGGAACCGGAGGUUUUCACGUUCGACCACAUCUCGGUGCAAGCUGCUCGGCGUGCGGCGCCCGUCCGCCCGCGCAAAAGAGUCACCCGAGUCAUGUACCCGUCCAAUGUUCGCAAGUACCUGCCACCGGUCGAGAAGAGUCCCGCCAAGAGGUGGCUGCUCGCGCUGUGCCUGGUGGUCUUCAUGCAGAUCUACUCGGAGGAGGGAUCCGUGGACGCGCAGGGCGUGACGGAUGCUCUCGCGGAGCUGCCCGGCGAGGACGCGCCUUUUACUCUCUACAACGUCCUCCCGUUCCAGUCGGCGGAAGACCACGCGAGGCAGAUGACCGGCUGCCGCGAGGACGCAGCGCCGGCUGCAGGCUGCGCCGAGAAGCCGUGGAGCCUGUGGCUGAACGCCACGUGCCCGAGCUCGAGCUGGGAGGGAGACGUGAGGGCCAUGCGUCAGCAGAGCAGGAGGAACGGCUACGUCGUGGCGCUCCUGUACCCUGUGUACCACACGCUGGGCAGCGAGCAGUGAAACGCAGAUGGGAGAAUGCCCGCGUGAGACACGUGGAAGAUGACGAAGAGAGGGGGGUCUCCGGGGUCUCCAAGAUCUCCGAGAAGAAGGACAGAGCUGUACGGAGUGGUGGAACUCAAGCUUAUGAGACAUUUGAAGGACUAAACUUGAAGCACUGGAAUGAAACUUGAAUGGCUGAUUGUUGUUUACUUGAAGUGUUGUUUUGAUUUGAAUGGAGAAAUGUAAGCCUGCCACAAGUAACUCACUGCAUGACUGCCACGACUGUGUGAUUGUCACUUUGAUGAUUUGAGUAACAGAACUCUACCACUCUAAAUGAUACUUGAACUUUGACCUUUUUCACUAGAUGAGUUUGAUGAAGAAAUGUUAUAUAAUGUAAAUGUUUAUUUAAUUCUAUUUAUUUAAUAUUUUAUGUUUUAUUUAUUUGAAAGUGUCUUAAGAAAAUAAAUAUAUGAAAUG